AUGGCUAUUCACGAGGGACAAAGCCCUGAACAGUGGAAAUGUGGAAGUGUGGUUCCCAUCAUCUCCCUAUCAUCCACCUACCAACUUGAUCAUGCUAGUACCGCACCUGAGGGCAAAUAUUUCUACUCUAGGAUCGGCAACCCAACGAGAACUGUGGCCGAACGGUGUGUGGCUGCUCUUGAAAACGCCAAAUAUUGUUAUCUCUUCGGGAGCGGUUCGGCCGCCAUGGUGGCCAUGUGUCACGUGCUCAAGUCAGGUGAUCACAUAAUCUGCAUGGAUGACGUAUACGGAGGUUGGCAUUUAUUAUUUUUGAACAUAAUAACGGAGAGCAAUGUUGAAGCAACAUUUGUUGACGCCACUGACAUCAAUAACAUUAAGAGCGCCAUAAAGCCAAACACCAAGAUGCUGUGGCUGGAAACGCCGACAAACCCGACGUUGAAGGUGGUGGACAUUGAAGCGGCUUCAGCAGUGGCCCACCAGCAGCCAGGUGUCAUCGUCGUCGUCGAUAACACCUUCAUGUCUUCAUACUUCCAGAGACCGCUAGAGCUAGGCGCCGAUGUUUCCUUGCAGUCACUAACUAAAUAUAUGAACGGCCACACGGAUGUUGUUAUGGGUUCUGUUUCUGUAAACGAUGAUGAACUUGGGAAAAAGUUGAAAUUUCUGCAAGCAUCACUGGGUGUCAUUCCAUCCCCAUUCGAUUGCUACCUAUUGAAUCGGGGCUUGAAGACGUUGGCACUCCGCAUGAGGCAGCACAUGAAGAAUGGACUGCAGGUGGCUAGGUAUCUGCAGGGUAAUCCUAGAGUUGAGAAGGUCAUCCACCCUGGGUUACCUGACCAUCCGAACUACGACGUUUCGAUGAAGCAGUGCAGAGGAUUCAGUGGUAUGGUCUCCUUCUACAUCAGGGGUGGAAUGUCUGAAACGCAAAAGUUCUUCAGCUACUUGAAGCUCUUCAAACUAGCUGUCAGCCUUGGUGGAUACGAGAGCCUCGCUGAAUUACCGGCGACAAUGACGCACACGGCUCUGACGGAAGAGGAGAGAUUGAGAUUGGGCAUGACGGAUAACUUCAUCCGCCUUUCUAUCGGACUGGAGGAUGUUGAGGAUUUGAUUGAGGAUUUGUCGCAAGCUCUGGAAAAAGCAGUCGUUGGAAAAUGUUAA